GUUGAAAACAUCGCAUUUGAGUCUGUUUGUUUCACUCUCGCUGUUUUCCAUGAUUUCGCGGAGUCUCUCAACAAAUACUUCUCCGCUCCUAGUUUGAUCAUCAACAUGGAUGCCUUUUCCCACAUGCAGUCCGCUGAGCGUGAACCUCAAAUCACAUUCGUAAUCGACUCGCUACAUCAAGACGUACACCUAUUUGUUCCUGACUCUCUUGAAUGGCCUGCUGUCAAGCAAAUAGCAGCCAACUUCAGCCGCAAUGUGCAACAACAGGUUACUGUUUAUCAUGACCAUCCCCGGCGCAAGUUUCGAAUGUGUCCCAAACCAUCCCACCGAAGUCUGAAUAUGGACUCUUUUGGCGUGGCUGUUCAUAGUUGCGAUGAGUUCGACCCGUUGCAGUACCUGAAUUUGGACGCUCAUGAUAUCGAGCAAGUCGAAACUGAAAACCCGGUCGCCGCUGCCAGCGAGAUUGUGAAGCCUCGUAUACCGAGACCUCCCAACAGCUGGAUCCUGUUUCGCCAAGCCAAGGCUAAGGAGCUGAGCGUGCAGAUGCCUGGGGUCACGGCAGGUGAACUCUCGACUAUGAUUGCCAAAAUAUGGCGUGAAAUGCCAGCCGAGGAGAAAGAAUGUUGGCAGAAUAAAGCGAGAGAAGCCGACCAAAUGCACAAACAACUCUACCCCAAUUACAAUUGCGGCCACGCGGAAGAGCACGCCGGCACCUUUAUGUGA